AUGGACCCUUUCUCAGACGUCACCUCUGAUGAUGAGGCAGUAUGGCUCGAGGAUCCCAAGACGCUGCAAGAUUCUGAGUGGUCGCGGCUGUCUUCAAAUUUCACCAAUGCCGGAUACCGUGAGGGGAUAACCGCCGGGAAGGAGUCCGCUUUACAGCAAGGCUUCGACGAGGGUUUCGCUGAAGUCGGUGCACCGCUCGGUCGGGAAGUAGGAAUCCUUCGUGGGAUGGCGUUGGCCCUCAUCUCCUUCCUUACCGCGUCGCCAGAUCAAGCAAGCCAGCAAGAUCUGAUCCAGGAGUUGCGGGACAUCUCGUCGGAGCUUAGUCGAAUUCGCCUAUCAGACAUUGCGCCGCGCGAUCUCGAAGCUGAACGACAUGCUCGCGAACACGAUAUCGAGGGAAACACUAACGGGGACGAAAUGGAUCUUGAGCUCACGGAAGAGCUAAAGGAGAAGAAAGACAUGGAGAAACUCGAAGAUCUGAUGAUGCAAUUGAACCCCGAGCCCGCGAGUACCUCAUCUGCAAAGCGUCCCACAAUGGAUGACGUGCGUCGCCUGAAGGAGCGGCUCGCUGCUCUGUCCGUUAGACUCCAGCUAGAACCUCGGUGGAGUUGA